AUGGAAAGCAAUAUUAGUGUGCACACAACAACAAUAAUGACUGAGGAAGAAACUAAUCACACCACCAUGACGAAUAGUCAUCAAGAAUUACUCGUCCACAGGUCUCGUUUUGUUGACUUGACACCAGGUAACAUCACCGCCUUAUCUUUCUCUCACAAGAGCACCACAAAUAAGUUAACUCCCUCGAGUUUACGAUUAGCUGUCGGGAGAUCAAAUGGUAAUAUUGAAAUCUGGAAUCCACGUAAUGAUUGGUUCCAAGAAUUGAUCAUACAAGGUGGGAAAGAUAGAUCCAUUGAAGGUCUCUGUUGGUACAAUGUUCCUGGUGAGCCAUUAAGAUUGUUCUCCAUUGGGGGGUCCACUAUGGUUACUGAAUGGAAUUUGGCUACUGGGUUACCUUUAAAAAAUUAUGAUUGUAAUGCGGGAGUUAUUUGGUCAUUGGCCAUUAAUGAAUCUCAGGAUAAAUUAGCUGUGGGUUGUGAUAAUGGUACUGUUGUUGUGAUCGAUAUCUCUGGGGGACCGGGUUCAUUAGAGCAUGAUACUAUAUUGAUGAGACAAGAAGCAAGAGUCUUGAGUUUAGCUUGGAAUAAAGAUGAUUUCGUUAUUGGUGGUUGUUCGGAUGGCAGAAUUAGAAUAUGGAAUGUUCAGAAGACAACAACAACAACUACUACUGCUACAGAACAUAGAGGCCGUCUAUUACACACAAUGAAAGUGGAUAAAGCCAAGAGAGAGUCGACAUUGGUUUGGUGUGUCAUAUAUUUACCUCAUACUAACCAAAUUGUCUCAGGUGACUCUACUGGAAGUGUCAAGUUUUGGGAUUUCCAAUAUGCCACUUUGACCCAAUCAUUUAAAUCACACGAAGCUGAUGUACUUUGCUUAACAACAGACGCUUCCAAUACCCAUGUUUUCACUGCAGGUGUUGAUAGAAAAAUCUUCCAAUUUUCUCAAAAUUCAUCUUCAAACCAAUUAUCCGGUAAAGAUAGUAACGCCAUAAAAUGGGUCAACGCAUCAAACAGAUUAUUUCACGGUAAUGAUGUAAGAGCUCUAUGCUCUUAUCAAUCCAAAGGUGCUGAUUUCCUUGUAUCCGGAGGUAUCGAGAAGAGUUUGGUCAUCAGUUCAUUGUUAUCAUUUUCUGAUGGGAAUUAUAAGAAAAUGCCAGUUGUCGUUCCAUACAUGAAAAAUAUUCUAAUUAACAAAGCUAAAAGACUUGUAGUAAUGUGGCAUGAAUCCAUAAUUAAAAUCUGGACCAUUGGUGAAGAUAUUAACUCUGAAAAAAAUUAUAAAUUGGUGUGUAAACUUACUCUAAAAGAUGAUCAAAAUAUUAAUACAUGUGCUUUAUCUCCGGAUGGUGAAGUUUUAAUAGUUGGUAGACCAUCUACCACUAAAUUAUUCCAUUUACAAACAAUGUUAAACAAAUUAAAGGUUACUAAAUUGGAUAAUGAUUACUUAUUGAAAACAGGAACAAAGUUUGUUAAAUUUAUUGAUAAUUCCAAAAUGGUUAUGUGUUCAACUGAUGAUGAAAUAUUUAGUUUAGAUUUAGAAGCUGAUAAUGAUGAAGAUCCAGAAAUUUUUGAAUUGCCUGAUCUACAAACAACGAAAAGCAGUAUAAAAAUUCCAUAUAUCAAUAAAGUGAACCAUUUAGAUGUGUCGACGACACAUGCUGUUGUAUCCCGUACUUGUGGUGCAGUUGAUGUGGUUGAUUUGACUACAGGUAAAUCAACACCUAUUGUACGUUUAAUGAACUUUAUUACAGCUGUUUCGUUCAAUAUCAAGAGAAAUACUACAAUUGUCGUUACAGCGGAAAAUAAGAUUUAUGAAUUUAAUAAUCCAGCAACACAAACUGAAGAGGAUGGUACGCUUUUGACUCAAUGGUCUAAGAAUAAUACUGAAAAUUUGCCCAAACAAAUUAAAAAUUUGAAAGAAAAAUGUCUUGGCAUUUUCAUCGAAGAAAAUAAUGCAGAUAAAGUUUGGUUUUGGGGGUCCACUUGGGUUUCAAGAUUUGAUUUUUCAAUUGACUUACCCAUUAAUAAGAGGAGGAAAGUUAAAAAGCAUACCCGUGAUGGAUUAACCGUUACCGAUGGAAGUAAUUUUAUGAAUGAUGAUGAAGAGGAUGAAGAUGUAGAUAUGGAUUUAGAAUAUUCGGAAAAUCUUUCGCAUCUACUAGAGCUAGAGCCAAGAAUAAAAAGUAAUGGUGGAAAUAAACAUGAUCAAAAUGCAUUCUUCAUUACCGAUAAAUAUAAACCACUUCUUUUCGCAGGUUUGUUGUCAGAUAAUGAACUGAUAGUUGUUGAAAGACCGACGAUCAUGCUAGCAGGUCAACCAAAGGCAUUUAAUUUACCAAAACUAAUGUUUUAG